AUGAGCAGUAUCAGAUCAAAAUUUGGCCACGUAAGUCCCUGUUAUUUUACAUACUUGCCCACUGAAAUAUGCACUCAUUGAAGAGUUGCGCGUUAGAUGCAUUUUUAAUAAACACUCGUUCUGUUCGACGUUGAUAAGUGUGUUUUGCUCAUACGUCAGUUAAGUCUCUAAUCGAGUAAUUUGUUAAAUUCCAUCGUAAUACUUUUACUUUUAACUAACACGGAAUGACCUGUCUGUCUUUUUAUGUGGAUCGGUUCGUUUGAAGCCUUUAAAUUAUUAUAUAUGGCGAUAUCCUCCUGCUAUAGCAAGUAGUAUCAAAUGAUAUUUAUACAUACAGGACGGUGUUCAUGUUAUCUAGUCAUGCCUGAUAGAAUACCGAUCUCCCUGGAGCUACAUGGGGUUUAAGGCGGGGACGCUGACAACGGUCAGGAUUGUUUUCCCUCAAAACUGAAAUUGUCAGCAAAGAAACACGAAUUUGACUUUUCAAUCACUUUGAUAGAAUUUUGAAUUUUUUAAAACCCCUUUGAUCUUCUCAGACACUUUGUUAAUUUACCAACCAGGCCAAACAACAAAGCUAACAAAAUGCUUUUUAUUAUUACUUACAGUCUGACAAGAAGUCGAAACCCUCGGUUUCAUCGAACGAUGGAAAACAGGCAAGUUUUGAAAAUGUGGAAUAGGUUUCAGGCAGUGAUGUUACCUGUUUAUUUUGUCUUUCUUCUGUACAUAUGGAGUGUUUCAUAUAUGUAGGAUACUGAAAACAAGGGGUGUGUGAAGCUCUGCAAGCUUAAUAUGUAACCUUUAAGGUCUCGUCAGUAACGAAGAGUUUGCGCCUAUUCUAGCAUUAGGAAAAAUACGUGUGCUGUUACGAAUAUAAUAAGACUGAGCGAAAGUAUUCGACCUCUAUUGUGACCAGCCAGACAAACAAGCUGGUGUGUUUGCACUAAGCCAGUUUGUCAGCUGAUGUGAAGUCGACUUAUACUUUCAGUUUUUAGGCCUGUUUUGGCUACUAAGCGCGUAGUACUAGUUGCUUGUAAAGCAUUUUUCGGUCGCAGUGUAACUGUCAGCUUAGUUUGAUUGUUGCUUUCUUAAUUCUGCCGUUCUGAAAACUGAAACCAGCUCGCCGCUCAUGUCGCGGAUAUCUGAGUGUAGUUCUUAGUCGCACGACAAAAAGUGCAUCAGAUUCUCUUAACGGGGCAGGCUUGUGCUUCCCACGUAUCUUUACGAACUCCUAUUUGCGUAAGAAAUUUUAAUAGGUUUGCCGCAUUAUUCACAAGAGUCCUUGAGGGUAAGUUCGCACAGUCGUCUGGAUGUAUUUACCGUCAGCAUGUACAUAUAUUUGGUUUGGUUUGAAAUGUGUAGCAUAUAGACGAUCAAGUUUCAACGCGCAUUUCGAAAUUGCGAAACGUCGCAGCAUAAACUCCAUUUGCUUUGUUCAUCAGUUUUCUCUGCAGACCCUUGUGCUACUGUGACAACGCCUAGACCAUUUCAAACCGUAGCUAGCUGACAGACGUUUCCUUUAACGGACUUACGCUUCUAAAAACACUAAGACGAAUACGCUUUUUAAAAAACAUAAGAAAACUCACGGACAUGUUUUUUCGUUGGGAAGAACAUUAUAGCAUGCAUAUCGUAUUUGUAUGAACACAGCAUAGCGUGCCUACACAGUUCCGAAAAACCACUUCAAGUGCUGCUGUGUGGUAUCAUAAUUUUUUAACCGGCCUAUCAUUUGUGGAAAAAGGUGAAUACGAAGUCUGAGUGCUUUAUUCCUUUAUAUACUGCACAUUUUUAGAUAAUAGUUUAGAUAAUAGAAAGUAAUCUAUAAACCAGUAUUAGUUUUUUCCUUCAUAAUACGAGGCCAUUUCUGGAUAUAUUUAAGACUCCAAACAGCAAAGUGUAUAGUUGCUUAAUUGAACCGCCUGCAUUUCGACAAGUGACAUAGUGACGUAAAAGAAAUUGGCUGCUCAAAAUGCCUCUGACAGUUUUCUUAUAAAAAUUAAUAUUUCGUAUGUUACAGAGUCUGGAUGCCUACAGAAGCUUUUUUGACCAUUACGAAUCCAAAAUGAUGACUAUGCUGCAACCCAGUAUACAAAGUCGAGCAAGGGUGGCAUUAAAAAAUAUCGGGACAAAGCCUGCGAAGCCUGGGGAGUACCAUUACGAGGAAUCAAGAUUCCAUAAGUUCCUUUCCAAACUAGCUAACAGACUCACCGGUGCAUUUGGUAACUGCUUCCUGUUUAUGCUCUCUUAUGUAGGGUUUUAAUAUUUCCAGUACUUUCCUACUAGUUAAAGAGAAUUUGAUCGAGCGUAAGCCAAUGUAAGAAGGUUCAAGAGCGUUCUGUAAAGUAGUUGUGCAUUUGUCCGCCAACGCCAUGAUUUAUACCCAUUGUUACUUUGGUCUGCGUAUACUUUCACGUAAAUCUACAAAGGAUUUAAUAAUUUACGACCUUUAGUUUUAUAAGCCUAGAUGAAACUAAUUCCACUGCUCGAUGCAUUUGCAUAUCAUUAAAGAAAAGUCUGUAGGGUACAAAAAUGAAAACUCGUUAAGAUUAGCAUGUCUUGCCUUUUUUAAAAGAGGCCACAGUUCUUCAGGGUUCUUAAACUGCAAAGAAAGGGCUUAUUCUUAGUAUUAUUUGGGCACUCUCUAAUCGUCUAAAAUGCGCACUUUUUAAAUCGGGAUUGCAAACAGAAUGCCUGACCAGAUCAGCGUACAUCAAUUCACUUUUUGUUAAGGACGUAACCUGCAUAAAAUAACAGUGGUUUUCCAUUGGGACUUUUAGUCGAACUCGACCAACUACGUCCAAGCAUCCACUGUAUUUACUAACUUCAAAUGCCUUCCAACCACACAACACACAAUACGACCGAAUCCACAGAAACCGCAAGACGAAUGUUGCCGUAAAGUUAGAUUUGAAAAUAUUUCUACCGAAAAGAAAAUUCAUAUCUUCUCCCCGGGAUAACUGCCUUAACGUUUCUACGACAACCAUAAAUCCUCUCUGCCCGCCGUCGGUUUUACACUGUGGACUUUUCAUUAAACAACUCGAUUAAUAAAAAAUAGUCGUUGAUAAUUUAUUCAUGGAAGAUUGCGUUUGGAUAAGUGCAUUACCUAAACUGAUGGACAUGCUUCAUUUGGAAUCCCCUCACAUAAUAUGAAAAUAACCCAACGAUAGGCAGCUUUAUAACUUAUAUGCAUAAAAGAUUAGAUGACAAUGACCGUAAUACCCUAGUUUGUCACUAACUACUGCACAGCUUUGGCUCGCGGUUCUUAAUUUCAUGCAUUACCGCAGUCUGUCACCACGUGCCAUAACACACGUCUUAAUAUGCAGAUAAAUUGUUUCGAACAGGGCUUCAGUUAUCUGCUUUUAUGGAAAAACUCCCAAGGAAUGUCCGCUUAAUUUGACUUCAGAGAUGAAGGAGAUUUUUGAGCCGCAUUGGUUUCCCAUAUCGAAGAGAGCAAGGAGUCAGCAUUUUGGGCACGGAAGGCCUUCAAAAAAGUUCGCACUCGUAUCCCAAUUGGUUCUAGUGAUUUCUGAUGCAGUGGUUUGUACGGUGUUUCUGCGAAUUAGCGUAUUCCACUCAGGUGUCCAGGGGUUUAUUUCCGAUGCCACCCUCUUUUAAUAGUUCUGUUUACUUCUCUUCACAAGGCCCUUGUUUAAUGAUUCAAUCAAGACUUCCGGUGUUGUCUCUUGGAAUGCUUCUCUUUGCAUAACCGAAAGCAUACUGUCCGUAUGUUUUGCCUUACGAAGUACUUUACAGUAGACCAAUCGUGCAUUCUCUUGAAUUUUGAAUGUCUUUGAAGUUAUCCCGAGAAAUUAGUCAUAUCCUGAUGAAAACCUAACAACCAAGCGAUUUAAGACUGAGCUAAGGCAAUACCAUCUAAUGAAGACAUACUAUUUAUUUUGCCUUGCGCUAUUGCUCUCCUAAGGUUUCUCCCUCCUAAUUACAUAAUUUCACGCAACCGACUUUGCGGCAAGACACCCUCGUGCGUUUACCAUGCGACGAAAAUUCGGUUUUUAGAAAUAAGACUGAUUCUUGCGUUAUCUUGUGAUAUAAGUAAAUAUUUCGCCUUUUAUUACUCCGAUGGUCCUUAAUUAUAAUAUUGCACGGUUGCCACUUUACUUGUUCUCUCCACUUCUGCCUACACUUUAUGAUUUUUAUCGUCUUACCUUGCUUGGUAAUAUACUUUUGGGAAAAUCGACGUUUGGUUUCACUAAGUUUAGUCAGAGCACUAAAAAUAGUUUGAGCUCAUCGGUUCCGGUAGCGAAGACAUUGCGUACCUCUACCCUAAACGGCAGAACAGUCGUGAUAGACUUCGGCUAUUUAGACUGAUGGUUUAAGAUGAUAAGGACUGAACUCCAUCAGGACCUCUUUCCCCCCCCCCUCCACCCCACAGAAUUCCGAUUUCUAAAGUGUUCUCUCGGCAAGUUCGGACAGCGGUAGUGCACAUGUAUUCCCAUGUCUAUUUAAAAGCACGCCCUUUCUAUGGUUGUUGCCCUUCACCUAUUAACUGAUGUCCUUAUUCGAGUCUAGCCAAGUACAAGGCGAAUGAAUGAACAUUUUUUGGUGAAAAAAAUCGGUUAGCAAUUCAAGCGUGAAGAUUAGUUCCAAAAGGUGGAUUUUUGAGUAAUUUGUUUAAGUCCUUCAGUGGAGUGUUUGCACAAGAAAUUUUUAGCAAACAGAAAGUAGGCUGCUACAUAUCAGCAAACCUAAAUUAAAAAAGCUAUUAAUCUUGCUAAGUUCAGUUUUUUCGAGCGAGAGUAUUCAACCAGCAUGCUCCAGCUGUUAGACAAAGUCUACUAAUUUCAGUCGGAAUGUAAGUUACCUUAUACAGUGAGAACUAACCAAGGACUCGCGUUUGACAUUAUUUUCUGGACUACCUUCAUCUAUCGCGUCUAACGGAAAUCGUCCUUUUUGCCAGCUGAACAACUUGUAGACCUUAAUUUUGAAUAAUUAUAUGAAAGUUGUUGUUCAAACUGACUGUCUUCUUCCUUGCACUUCCCUCUCUUUGUCAUUUUUGUUCCGGAGACUAGGUAAAUUUUCAAACAACUCUUCAGAAGUAACUUAUCACCAGCCCAAUUUUCUCGUUUCAGGUGAUGCCCUCAGGUCGAUGUCCUCCACAUACCAGCAAGUGGAGGACUCUAAGAUAUCGCGUGAAACGGAGCUAAAAAACCAAGUCUUCAAUCAAAACAUGCGAGAAGUAGCCAGAGAUUUGGAGAACCUAUCGGUAGGUAUUGAGGAUUGGUCCUGAUUGCCAAAUGCAAAAAUAUAUUUUGGGUAGUACAUGGAAGAGUGAUAUAGUCUUUAUGAUGCUAUAAAAAUUCUUUGGAUAAUGUUUUUAUUGUGACUGUAAAUAAGUUCAUAAUGUGAGAAGGCUUUCAAAAUCAGUAGGCAGACACCAUCCUAUCAUUAGCAAGUUGAAUUCACCUUUUUGAAAUUGGAGCUGAUGCAAUAUCAAUGUCAAGAUGAAACUUUAAAAUCAUAACUGCCCAGAUAUUUUCCAAGAUUGGUGCCUCAAUUUGAAAGAAAAGGAAAUUUACUUGGAAUUCAUGUGGUGUUAGCUAAAUGCUAACUACACAGUAAUAAGAGUAAAUGGACUUCAGUCCGUUCGGAGGAUAGCUUUUCGCAUGUACACGGCAAGAAAUUAGCCCCCUUUCAAAACUAUAGCCGUUACCGGAGUCCUGGACAGGUUUUAUUCUUUCAGUGUUGAGUUACUUAAUUCAUAAAUCGACCUACUUAUGGUAUUACUCAGAAGAAUGCAGCAUUUACUAAUUAUCCUGACCAACUGGCUUGAGGUCGUCCGGUCUGUGUUCCUUAAAAGUGAUCAAACUAGUUUUACGAAAUCGACAGUUCAGUUGCUGAGCCCGAAAGGGACGAGAGUAUGUCUGACACACUUUUCCGAACGUCUGGCGUCUCCAGCUAGUGGGAAUACUUGACGUUGUCAAGACUUGUUGGACGCGACAACCUACAAACCAUGCGUUUCUAAUGUAUGCCGCGGCCGAUUCUUUCAUAACUUAGUCCUAUUGCAUGGGACGUUCUGGUUGGUCUCGAAACUGACCAUGUUAAUGAUAACAUCCGAGCUGCAGCUGGAAAGUUCGCGGCGGCGUUGGAUUGGCAUCGCAAAACCGGACCUCAAAAGUCGACUGCUCAGUCCUCGCAGUACUUCCGCUUAGCCUGAUCGUAACUCAUUUGGAUUUUGUAAUGAACUUCUCUCUUGCCCCGCAGAGAGUAGGCCCACAUAUGCACAAUCUUGACUAGACAGUAAACCUGUUCCAAAGACGUCAUCCUUUCUGUUUUUCCUCCUGAGACUCGAAGAAAAUAUUUAUUUUUCAGCAAAUAAACCUUGCAGUGCUCACAGAUUCCGGUCGAACACGUGCACCUUGGUGUGCAAACUUCCGCCAAUUUUCCCCUUUGGGCGUUUACUUGCCACGCGGCAGACCCCACCCCCCCAUCUUUGACAAGAACAAUAAGGACGGGAUUUUUGGCAAUAUGCACUUUGGUAUAUUUCUCGGUUCUUUUGAAGCCUCACUUAGCAAGAGCCUCAAAUGUCUUGCAUUCCGCUGUCUAAUCAUUUUCAAAUCCUUUUUUUCGACAUCAUAGUAGUUUCACAAAAAGAAUUUCCUGAAAUUUAUGGUAGGGCUUUCUUCAUCUGCCUGAAUUCGACUGGGCGCACCAUUCAUUUUCCUUCGCAGCGUGCCCUCUAUUUUUGGACGUGCGAACUUGUACAAUAAGUUACUGCAGCGAAUAUAAUGGAACCCUAUGUGUAAGGGAGAUGGAAUGACAAGGUUACUGUUGCCUGACACGAAGAAGCUGCUGGUGGUGAAUAACUGGCAAGAUUUAGACGUUGCUUCACCAAACGUGGCAGUGAGCUUAGAUGCACACUCAGGAAAUUAUUUUUUCCAAAAGUUAUUUUGUUUGAGGAGGGCUGUUUAAGGGAAACCAGGAGAAUAACUCGCUGCACCGUCACUCAAAGUUCACUUUUGAGCAUGUCGACUACACGGCCCCUUUGUAAGGCCAGCAAGAACCAAGGCUGACAAAAGAUGAGUCAAAACAGUUGCAUGUCAACAAGAACCAAGGGUCUUUUCUGGCGCCUACAACUACAAAGAUUAGGCUGCAGCAAAAAAACAUUGAUGAAGAGCUAGGAGCUGAAAAUAUAUUUCAUUUGGACGAUUUUUUGAGCUAUCACGUGACGCAUAAGCCGAUGCUUAAAAGUGUUUUUAGUUGCCACAAUUUGCACAUUUAACAUGCUGCUUACUAAGGAACCGUCUCAUGUGCAAAUACACAUUUCUCUAAAUGUCCUUUUGUUCCCUUGACCCUGCGGAGGCAAGAUGCGAACAUUAUUCGCUUUCGGAUUUCAUUGUAUAAACCUGCUCAGUCUGUGGUUACACCGUGAAAACACAGUGGCAACGAUCCGUAGUGGUUGGUAUUGAUUCCUGACAGCGUUUAUUUUGAAAGUGAUCUGCUUACCGGGUUGCGUUACUUUCAAUGUCGUAGUGGUUAGCACCAGAGGGAAAAUCGGCUAAAGUGUACUUUGGAUUGAGGUCGCACUUUUCUACUUUGGGUUAUUUCCCGGUAGUGCCUCUUCUGGAAUUCCUAAUAAUGACAUCCUGUCUUAGAGUUGCCUUGCAAACCCUAAUCCUUCUUCGAUCCUUUGCGCUUAAUCUCUUUUAAAUACGACUUACAAACUCCAUUGUAUUCGACCUCGACGUUCAUACUGCACCAAUAGCUUUUUGAUUUGACGAUUUUUAUAAAUCCACCCUCCGUCUCGACUUUUGUUGCUCCCAUGCGAUGUUUCAUGGAAACUAACAGUGAUAUGCGUAUGAUCAGACGUAUAUUUCGUAUGCUGUCUACUGUUGACUUCACAUUCCAGCGCUCUAAGUUAACGAGGCUAUUUUCGGAUUCAAUUAUCCAGGAUGUGACUCACCCCUUUGAAUUUAAAAUACGAACUGUGAGGUCGCUCAGCCCGACCCCAUAUGAUGUUUACCCUAUUUCCUGUCGUACAUUGGCUUAUCAAUAAUCAGCCAUGUCACAUAUGACCGGUGUUUUGACCUGCCGGACAGUCAAAAUGCAAAAAUUAAGAUCGGCAUUCUCACCUUAAAAUCCACAAUUUUUCCACGCCGGUACCAGUCUUUUUUCCCUUUUUUUGCUGUUCUCUUUGGGCCAUGGUGUUUUGAGAACAUUUUUGCUGAAUGUCUUUAUCAGUGAAAAGCUGGAGCAUACGCACACUUCUUAAAUCCGCGCAGCUUAUGUUGAAAACUCGGGAACGGAUAUGCAGCAACUGAACAGCCGGAUUUUUAGAACAAAAAUAGCAAUAUUUGGAGGACACUACUCGUAUACGAGAGCACCAUAUGCUUUAGAUUUCUAAGAGGGCUUAAAGGUUUUUAAGAUCAGAUGUCUCCCAGCAGAAUGCCAGCGUAGCUGAAUGAGUCUACAGGAUGCCAACUUAAAAACCGCGAUUGUAACGCUUAAUUCGUCCUUUACGUUGGUGGAUAAGAUGUUCAGUUAAGCAACCUACCCACCUCGACUAGUGCCUCAGAAAGUUUUGGUCGCAUUAUUGAAAUUCGAUCGAAGGCCGCUCUUGAAUCGCGCACCGGACACUCCCAUUCCAUUGCUGAACUAAUGCAGCCUGGUUUGAAGGAACUUUGCAAGCUGGCCUCACAUGCUCUACCGAUUAAAUCCACUUAUUGUGGUGCACUUUUUGGAAAAUAAAUCGCUGUACCCAUCCGCGCAUAUCUCGUGUAGGGUAUCCCCUUUUUAUUCCUCUAGCAUGCAGAUUAUGUGUUGGUUUUCAGGCAUGGCUAUUUUUAAACAACGUGACCUGGCGCGCACACAGUUCUUUAAUAUGGAAACAUAAAACCAUGCGGAAAGGGUUGGAGAAAUAACUUAACUCGUUUCACCGUGUAACCAAAAAUAUUCAUGUGGUUUUCUUAGAAGUUCGAAGCAGUGACCUUCUGAAUCUGCUGAGACUUAUGAGGCGGGUGUGCUUAUGUGAAUGACCAUCUGAUUCGAACACUGUGUCGCAUCAUCAUUUCUUAGUCUGCGAUCUUCCUCCCAUUUUGGUAUUUUUGUCGAAUCAAGUGUAAUUCGAACGUGUUUGUUUUAUGAGUUUAAAGUUGAGUCAAAGUCUGUAGAAGCAUGCCAUAUGAAAUGCGUAGGAUUUAGGGAAGAUGGGGCAAAGGGACGGACUUCACAAAAGAUUUCCCUCUGAUGAUGAAUGCCUCGAAAGAGCUCCAUGGCCAAGGCGAUUCUUCGUUAUUCAUAAUGAAGAGCUGUAGGACGUUGUUGUAAGAAUUCGGGAAAACUUGUCAGGAACUUUCAAAUGUUUAAAUUGAGUGGGAACUACGAAGCCAUGGAGUCAGAAAAAAAUUAGUUCGUACUUUACUCGCAAAUGAAACUUGGCUUCAAGAACUCGAAAUUUGUUCCUUCUUUCCACCACAUCCCAGAAACGCAACAGCUUUGAUUGUUAGUUUAUUUUCGACGGAAAAUAGAUCCUCCAUCAAAUGAUUCAAUAGUACUGUAUCACGCUAAUGCGAUUACGAUAUGCGUCGGUAGUGGACUGUCGCCAGAAUUGUCCGCUUGGAGAUUCCCAACGAAAGCCAAAUAAUUAUGGCUGAAACCUGCGCUAUACAACCGGAGCAUGUAGCGAAUUCUUUGCUGUAGAAACAGCCAUGACUAUUUAGUCGGAGGAAUGUUAUUCUCGCAGGGCAUUGCAGAACCUAGUGACAACUUGAGCUUUAGGAUGGAAACUUCAACCCCAACCUUUAUGCCACUCAACUAUCAUGACACCAACGCGCCUCUAUGCAUGGAGGAUGGACUUACAUCUAUUCGGAAUUUGACGUACUUUUAAAGAUCAGCCAUAAAAUGCACAUUGAGAGGAUUCUGCGUAAUGGGUGAAUCGACACUACCAAAUGAGCUGUCCUCGAUUCGUACUCAGCGGCAGCUUGUAUAGAUGCCGAAAUUCACACUAGAAUUGGGCCACACUUAAGGAGCUUCCGAUUCUAUUUCCUAGCCUACGGGUAACGAAGUCGGGGAAAAGUGUGGUAUUGCCGUGAGGGCGUAAACGAUGGCCCCGUUGAUGGUAUUCUGUUCACCAAACUCGACGUCUGCCAUUACUACUCAGGAGAGGUCAGCAGUGAUCUGUACAUCAUGAAUGUCUCUUUCUUCACCUCUGGCAUAUAUCAGCGGGUAAUGGCUACCGAACAUGCCCAGGACAUGUGAAAAUCUUUCCUGCACGUGAAAUUCUGGGGAAAAAACACCGCUUAUUCAUGUUUACAAAAUCUGAUGUAAAAUUAUUUUGCGUUUCGUUGAAUCUAGUCUGAGACUUUGAACAAAGCAAGCAAUGCUCCUUGAUGCGAGAACUGAUAUUAACUGGUUGCCGCUUACCGGAUGUUAGCAUUUGACGUCUAGCAGAUAGGUCAGCAGAUUAGUCAGACCGAAAGCUCCAUUAGUGCCUCUUCGAACUUAGAUGUCAAGGGGCAUGCGAUACCUAUUUACUCAGGGAUGGGUGCAUAGCCAUUUAAUUAGACUGCAAACCGACGAGCAUCGAAACAUAUCAUUGUUAAUGUAUUUCUAGUUCCAAUGUUUUCCAGACAAUUUCCCACUUUUCUCAGAGAACAAAUCUGACGAAGGCAACUGUAGGGUAAACAACCCCAGUCAACUGUCGGUAGGCUGUGGAUCGUGUACUGAUAUGUUUGCCUGCAAAAUCUAGUCGAAUACUGAUGAUUGGCAGUUGUACCCAAGAGCGGAGAGACGAAAAACGGAGAUCAACUGAACAUUAAUUUUGGGAUAGCAGAAAUGUCUGCCAGGGGAUAGGCACAGUUGGUUGAUGGUCAGGCGCUCUUUCAAGAUGGAACACAAUGGGAUAUCCAGCUGGAUACCGUAUCCGCAUAUAUUCCUCAUGUUAGUCGAAAGAAUCGUCCUUGCCACCGACCGUAUUCAUUGUGUUCCUGCAUUCCGCCAACGUAUUGCUUGACGUGCUGCCCCGCCCGUAAAACCUCCACAUUAUCACAUUCCCUUGUGACACGAUCCACAGUAUAACGAUAGCUAAUUGGUGUCCUUUACCCUACCUUUGUCAAGUAGUCUUCUAAAGUGUUACCCAGACGUUUAAGUAAAUUUCUUUGCCGAAAAGGAGAAACUUCUUACAUUAAUUUGUGCCGACUUUGCAUUCAUAUUUUUCCCUUUCAUUUGCAAAAAAUUCACCAAGAAUAAAAAUUGCUGUUUUGGAAGUGUGAUAAGUAAUGCUUAACGGAGAAAGUUAAUAAAAUAUAGGUACUCUCUCCCAAGUUUACAAGGAUCUGAGUCAUCGUAAAACCAAGUGCCUUUAUUUAUAACAUCGUUUGUUUUGAAGAGGAAACAUCCCGACCAAAAGUCGGCGCGCCAAAGUACCUGCAAGUCGCCUGAUUGUGUUCAUCGCACCCACGACAUGGCGUGCGUCUACAGAAUGCUUUCCAAAAGAGCGCAGACAUUUCGAGAAGCGCUACUGACGACGCCAAAUGAAAUCGAGAUAAUAAUUUCAGGCUUAUUUUCCAUCGUUAACCAAACACACUCCAACCCAAUAUGGGGACGACCUCACAACUCGAACCUAUUGAUUAAUGAACAUUAAGUCAAGCGUUCCAGCACCGAGCCCUGGGACAGGAUCCUGUCGGCUGUGACCGAGAACAUUCAAGGGUUCAUGGGACGUCUCAGAAAAUGGGCUUCUCAAGUGAUUUGGAAAGUGUGCAGUGCUCGCUGGCGUGGUUGCUGCUUCGAAAAAUAUGUCAAGACCAGAAUUUUAUUUUCAAGACUGCAUUUGAUUGUUUCUCCUAGUAAAUGUGAAAAAGGCCCCGUUUUAUGGUAUCACGGCCGAAAAAAGAUCACUGACCACAAACAGUCGUCAUUCACCAUGCCCACUGACGGCUGACUUCGGCGUGAAAUGCCUCCCAGCGACUAGAUGAAUCGGUGGAAUGUCAACAUAACACUGUAUGCGCCUUUGAGUGAACUCACAUUUUCUAGUUCCGUACUGUUGUCCAAAAAUCAGUUAAUUUAUUAAACUGGUUAAUAAAGGCGCUAAAGUACUCUGUUUGCUUACAAACUCUUGGCAUAUCCGAAGUAGUUUAGUCGCUUAUUGGUUUUAAGGUAUUCACCAAACAGCCCCUCACCAAGCACACCAUUAAAACCUGUAUGCGAGGUCAGCCAGUGAACGCCGUUUUUGAACAGGAUCCGAACGUUAGGGCAUACCAGCAUGCUUCUGUCGGUGCCACACAUUUCAUAAAGCUAUGGGUGAUAUGGCUUGAAGACGGUUUGAGGGGAAGAAAAACCUCUAUAAAUCCUCCAAUGUCCUCCAUUGGCUUAGUUGGAGUUUUGCGCGGUUGGUAAUGUACACGUCAGGAUCCUGCUAGGAACAUGUGCUCCAAUGUUUUCAGGACUAUUUAGCUGCGAACCUCUGAAAGGGAUGAAUGGGUAUAGGUAGCCACUUAAUAUGUGUGAUUCUAAAAAAAAUAAUUUCACUGAAAUGCAUAUUUGUCUUUAAUAAAUACCAGACAAUAAAGAGUACUCCGAAUGCAAAAUAUACUAUUACUACCUUUUAUCGGUUCCGCUACGCUGCUCUCAUCUAGGUCUAAGAUUGAGACUUUGCAAAAGUUAGUGUUGAAAGAAGCAAGCUCAGUAGACGCGGCUUCCAGUAUUUCUGCUUUGAGUUAUCUUCUUAUGCCCACCGAGUUUUUCGGCCAGUGGGAAUAGCACAUCUCGGAGUUUUGUCAGCCGAUUCGUGUCAGACCGCAAAAAACUGUUCCACGAAGCCUGCUUUUAUUGUCUUAUUUUAUUUCAAAAGAUAGCCUCUUGAACUCUGGUAUGCUGCUUGGGUGAAGAAAAGAGGGUUUUGGACUGUGUAAAUUCGUCCAUAUUAUUUUUUGUCUUAAAAUAUGUAGUAAUGUUGGUGUUUGUGCUUUUUCUCAACGAUUAAUCGAUUCCCUGUUAAUUUACCUCUUAUUUAGAAACAAGAGAAAACUGUGGAGCAGCAAAAAUCCAAACUGGCCUCUGCCCAAAAGCACACAGCGCAAACGGGUGAGUGUUUUCUCACAGCUGUGAUCUACGGUUUGGCAGAAGUAUGCACCUGUGUACUGGGCAGCAAACUGUUAGGUAAAUACGAUGAUCCACGGUGUAGAUGAAUACUAGGAGAAUUUCGUUUUGGUCCGGAAUGUAGAAUGUCGAAGGCAGAUGUUGAGGUCAAGGCUUCUGGGUGGACUUGACGAAUUGUUAUUCAGACCGACGAACCUUGCGCCUUUUAGGUAGGCGUAAGCAACGCCACGUUGAUUGUAUUCUGUGCAUAAUCGUUUUUUCUCAUAGAAAACUUGGCUUGGUGAUAUGACACGUAGCGUUUUUCCUGCACAGUCCAGUAACCAGCAACUCCAGCGUAUGACCAUGGUUCUAUUAAGGACGUUUCUACGAACUCCCUGGGUAGGUUGAAGUGGGAUUGAAGCAUGGUAAAAGCAGCCUUUUAAACUAACAGUUGCGCGUUUGUCAGCGCAAAUUGCUCCUUUGAAUGAGUUGAAUACGAAGAACAGUUUGAGAAUCUAAGGAUAGAUUUUUGCCUCAUAUACAUCGCCUCGGAUCCGCGUUUCAAAGUGGUUCAGGAAGCAAGUUGGUGAGAAUAUAUGAAACAUGACGGAAACACUGUUUUUUCAACCAUUAUUAGUGGUAAGUCGAGACAUUAUUUUCCUGGGAUUUUUUGAACACCAUAGUGACGUGAGGACAUGCAGAAUCUAGUGACGUCAUAAAUUUUGUGACCUUAUGUUCAACUGCUCAGAGUCAUUGCUGAUGAGACUUAUAGGUGAGCGUGGCGCGUGGGUGAAAGUAAGUCACAUGAGCAAGAAAGUUUUAGCUACAAUUAAACCUUGUCAGGCACUAUUAAGGCUCUACAGCAUGGGCCAUUAGUCAGUUUUACGGGGACGGGGUUGGGAAACGAGAGAGAGAGAGAAUGAGGUUAUUUCACUCACUGACUCCUACCAUGGCGGGGCGAAGCGGGUCACAUGACCCAACCGAUUACUCUGUCUUGGUUUCAUCUUUCGCACUGCUGCGGCUUCUAAACAGCAUAGGAGACGCCCAGUCGUCGUUCGAAUUACGACCUGAAACGCAGCUGUUGGAUGCAACACUUCAUUACUGUCUACUGGACGUUCCCUUAUCGAACUUGUCGGUGCCUUAUUGUCUGCUCUCAGCAAACAUUUCGACACAUGUUCAAUUGGCCGAAUUGUUAACUGCCUUUGCGUGCGCCCGACGCCCAGCUACAUUUACUGGGUUUAGGUUUAUUUUCAGUCAACUCAUGAGCGCAUCGGGUUAGCCCUCACAUCCCAAACUUGUCUGUAAUUAUUUUUCAAAAUUUUCGGCCAAGAUUGGACAUCCUUCUCACGCAGUUUUUGUUGUGGCCACAUAACUCGGCCCAAACCGAUGACUCUCGUGUGAUCAUUCCCAUGCUGACGACCAUAACAUAGCCUUUCAGACCGAAUGUCUAUCUGCGAGGAGUGCAGUUUCUGGGCGUCACUUUAUUCCGCUUUUGUGGUUUGUGGUAACUGCCGUCUUCCUGGUCCAGUCAGGGACAAAGGCUUGAUAGGUCCGAAUGUAAGUCGGAAUGCUGCUGUAUUGUUUCUGUGUCGAUGAGCCACGUUUUCAAGGGGAGCCGUUUUGUUUGCACGGGGUCCCGACCGAAAAUUAUUGCACUGUCGAAAUCGAAGCGGUGAUCACGCUUUCCCAGGAACGUCAGAGUUUGCUACGAUCUCUGUUGCCAGCUCCUAUUCUUUUAAUCCAUUCCUAGGAUUUUGUUCGUUCUUAAGGUGUCUGCAGGCAUUGGCACCUGCAGUUCAACCUGCAUAAUAUCACGAAAUUCACUCUGUAAAGGCGAAAACCCAUAACUUGUAUCCAUCUGCGGCUGAUCGUUCUACGUUGUUGAUGAACUACCCCUCCGCCGUCCAGUGAUUGCAGGGGUUGAUAGGCCAGACCAAAAAUCAAAUAAAUGCAGGUGACAGCUCAACACGCCUUAGACCGCCCUUUUAUUUUUGGGACAUCUUGCCGCGUUUUUACGUUCGAAAAAGCGGCUCUAUUAUUCAUUCGUCAUGGUAGUUGUUAUUAGUCAGUUUAUUCAUCCUCCACUGCUUUUUAUUACCUUCACUUCCUCAUGUAGAUUGAGAUGUAACCUGGCUUGUGCAAAUGGGUAUGACUGCUUUGGAAAUUUUUUUCAUUUUCCGUUAGUUUUUGUAAUCUGUGGGAAUUCGCUUACAACUCCCCGUCUUCACGGUAGCGACUGGGUCUCUACGCGUUGGUUACCCGUUUUCUGUCUCAACAUGCAUUUGAAAUACGAUACUGGAGGGUAAACAGAUUUUCGGAGUCAUUUGGGGGCUCCAUAUGGACGUAUUAAGCCGGUAAUGUCUGCCGGACUUAGACGGACGCGAAGUUUACGGUGUCAAAUCGGGAAGGACCGAUCAGAUCAAUAUAUUCCAGUUUUAUUGGUAGCCACGCUCAUUGCAUAUGCAGUAGUUUGAAUAGUAUUUGACGGGCUUUGCGGCAUUUUCGGUCUCUCCUUGUUAUGAUGGCGUUUAUGCGAGACUCAAACUCAACUCAGCUUGCUAAGGAAACAUGAACCUGAGCCUCUGGACACUAUCUGCAGCGCAAGACGGUGGGACGUUUACAGACAACUCGAUAGUUCAUUCGUUGAAAGUGACCGGGUCCACCAUUAUCCCGACGGCUCAGUGCUGACUUGGACGUAAACUCCUUAAUUUUGGUGCGACCACUCUGCCUAAAACAGCUGUUUAACGCGAUUCGCUUCGAGCUCGGGUGCCAGCUAGUAAGAAGUAUCGUAAAGGCCGCAUUAAGAAGUAGCAAUUGCAGUCUGCUCUUCGUUUUUGGUGGGGAGCGGAAUUAUCCUGUCAGUCUGCUAACUUUCACGCUCCAGCUUUGAGCAUGUCUUAAUCCUUUUAAACGCAUUAGAUGAUUAAGAGGAAGAGUUACUCGAGGGGCUUGCGUCCGCCAGGCAAAGGUAAGACGGAUUCAGUCAAUGAAACUUGAGGAAAAGUGCAAGUUAUUAAUGUUUAAGCACAUUACAGUGCAUAAUUAUGUCAGAGUUCAUUCUGAAGGUUUGUACUGUUGAUAACAUCAUAAUGUUGAUGGGUAUAGCCUUCCAAUGCCCCACUAUCCUUUGUGAGGAGGACAAUGUGCGCUUAUGCAGGCUCUUCCGGAGGUUCAAAUAGUGAACUGCAGGUUGCCCGUCAUAACGGAUUUGAGAGAGUCAUCAAUGCCUGGACAGAACUCUACUCCGUGCGUCCUACGAAAUGCUUGUAUUGGGCCCGCAAGUUGGUGCUCCCAGGCUGUCACGACAUAAAAAGGACAAUGUUAGGGGGCGCUCACCGAUCGUUCAUACGGAACUGACUCGUUCCGUUGUGCCUUAAGGGCUCUCUCUCGAGCCCAACCAGCAGCCGCGCAGCGGCGCAUGAUAUAUAGGGAGAAUGAUAUUACCGACAAAGACAAGGGAGACUGGAAUGGCCAUUUCUGGCUUAUUAGCCGUCGUCAGCCAGCCAUACUCAAGCCCGAAGUGUGGAACACACGAGCCUCGAACUCGCGACCUGUUGGUUUAGAAGUCAACGCCUCUACUCACCGGGCCACGAUGAUCGAUGAUCGGUGAGCGCCCCCUAACAUUGUAUAUUCCCGAUCGAAAACCGACAGAGCAACGGGCUCGUGGCCCGGUGAGUAGAGGCGUUGACUUCUAAACCAACAGGUCGCGAGUUCGAGGCUCGGGUGUUCCACACUUCGGGCUUGGGUAUGGCUGGCUGACGACGGCUAAUAAGCCAGAAAUGGCCAUUCCUGUCUCCCUUGUCUUUGUCGGUAAUAUCAUUCUGCUCAUAAAAAGGACACCUUUGAUACUGACUGUAACAGAGUUUUGGUGUGAGCUCUGAGUGAACCGAAUGGCUCACGCUAAAAAUCUAGUUCGUGGACACAAAACCAAUCGAGGGGACAUUUCGGCCUCUAGGCCUACCAGACGCCACUCCCAUACCGGACUGGCCGGACCCUAAAAUAACCGAACAUGACUACGAGUUGUAAUAGGCGACAGGGCCAAAACACCUUUUAAGAAAGUAGCGGAGAUCGAAUAAAAUCUGCACACAUGUAUUCAUCAGAAGCAAUAAUUAUAAUCUGUAAGACAGUCAAGCUUCGACCAGCAGCGACGUGGAUCGCACCUUUGUGCGAAUGCCGUAGCAGCCAUAUUAAGAAGGAACAACUAAGUCUGACUUUAGGUCCACCAGUCAGUCAACCCAUACGCAUGACGGUUCGACCGUUGAUUUUGACGAUGUCCACUAAGUGCUUCACAGCAGGCUGGAAGCGAACGUAAUGACCUGCUCGUGGAUUAGUUUACAGUGAUGGCGGACUUGCGAAGUCUCUACCGCGCCCCGUCCUCCCCCUGUCAUGACAAAGUUAAGAUCGGAGACGGGAUAGGACGCAGGUGGUUGACACGGCAAAAUACCGCACCUAAGCAUACUCACACUUUCUGUGGUCCACCAAAAACACCUGACCAAGAUUUUAAUGCAAUAACAAGAGAAUAAGGGCAGCUCUCACGACGUGGGCCUUUAUGCCACUACACUCCACCAUGCACUACCUGGCCACAGUCAACGCGUAAUCGGGAUUUGCGUAUAACAUAACGCUUGCGGCACAGAUCCUACUUGCAGCUCAGAAGCCACAUGGAGAAGUACGGAAGAACAGGUUACUCACUUAGGUGAGCGGUGUCGGCGUUGGGUAGAUAGGGGGGGGGGUGCGUGUGCGAUCCAGGCGUCGGUGGAGAGAACGCGUGGUGAUGUGGUCAAGCCUGCAGGUAAAUCACCAAAGAUUUUCAUGGGGACGUAUGUGGAAAAAUAGGCCCAUGCGGUGAGUGAACGUGCGUAGGCAGUGUGGACAGUGGAGGCGGACGCGGCGACUGUGUGUCGGGACCCCAGACGCUGAUUCAUUAGUCUCCGUUCAAUGGAUCCGUUAGUGACCGACCACACUGAUGCGUGAGGUGAGGGCGCGGUGGCAGCGGGGAUUCACACUGUGUGUGUGAAUGGGAUGACUGGGCAACACCAUGAACACAAUAUGUAUAUCCAGCGGGAGCGCAGGCGCAUCUACCGGCAGGGAACCAGGUGCCAGAGAACUUCCAACGCACACCAGGUUGCGAGGGCCAUGGUUUGCUAAAUCAUGGCAUAGCGGACACACAAUCCUUAGGACCCAGAAGGAUGAGAAAACACAUACACGCUGUACUAGCCGAUAGUUCAACCGUCGAUUUCGACGAUUUCCACCGUGUGCCCCACGACAGAUGUUGGGAGUAGGGACGGUGACUUGCGCAGGGGUUUAUAGUGCCAGUAGACUUGCGCUGCAUCUACCACAGUCUCUCUUUCCCCCCGCCUGAGCCCGGUGUCAAGACGGAGUCAAGAAGACCGAAGACAAGGGAGGCCGCAGGUGGAUGGCUCGGACGGAUCCUCACCUUGGCGUCCCACCACAGCCCCUGGUCCACACAACAAAUGACCGGGAUUUUGACCGCCAAAACAGCAGGGUGAUGGCAGUGGUCCUAGUUGUGCGACGACUGCCGACAACAGGGUUUGCCAGCGCAUCCCGUAAAUGUUGACAUUUGUCAUCGCGCAAAGUUAACGCCUGCCAGAAUCCGAUGUGGUUCCCGUGUUGGUCCAGCGAAUCUAACACGUGGCCCAUUAGGGGGGCACACACUGUACUAACCACGAGGUCUGGGACCGCCCUGCCAAUAGAGGAACAUCCUCCAUACGUAUUCAUAUUAGAAGUGUAUCAGAAGACUGAUGUUACAGAGAUGUCAGGGUAACAAUCGGGAGAUGGCACCCAAAAAAUCCGCCUUACCAAAACAGCCUGUCUUAUGGGACAGGUGGUAAUAGGGGUUUUAUGGGCGGUGGCUGGUCGGGAUGUACGAUACUAGCCGACGGAAAGCCUUAUUUGAACAGGUGAAUGAUCGACGUUGGCCCGCUUUACGUUCCGUUAUUACAAAAUGGGUCGCCAAAGUCAGUAUAGUGGUAACGGACGAGUGGAAGGCGUAUAAUCGUGUUCCCUCAGAAGAUUAUCUACGUUCCUCUGUUAACUUCUCAACGAACUUCAAGGACCCUACCACCGGACGGUACACCAAUGCCAUUGAGGCAUACUGGAGUAGACCGAAAAGGAAACUGCACUAGGGAGGCCCUGUAUGUGGUCGAGCUGUGUGGGCUCACAUAUAGGAAGUACAGUAUCGUCUUUGGUUUGGCCUCAAUGCCAUGUCUUUGGCAGAUGCCCGGGAACUGUUCAUGUCCCAUGUUGUACAGACUUAUCCUAUUAAGUGUUUUUUUGUAAUAAACUGCUACAAUGCGAAUGUAUGCCAUUUAUUCAGGUGUACGUGUGUAACAAUGGGGAAGGUUGGGUAACAAUGACCAUCGCCCAUGUAACCUGCUGCGAUGUUCUUUCGGCCAGCCCAUGCUAGGCCGUCGCGGAAAGUCCAAGUAGUGCGUGAAAGUAGGCCUGCAACCGCUGAUAUAGCCUGAAGACGUUUCAGUUCACUGUUAAAGAUAUUCCUUCUAGGUAACGGAUUUCUUGGGUGCCAUCUCCCGAUUGUUACAGAGAUGUCAGGUAGUGCAUUUGUCUCAGUGAAAGCCUUCACCUUCUUGAAAGUUUGUAAAAGAUCUUUUUUCUUGAAAUUUACAGGAGACUCACAGUCCCUCGAAAAAAUUAACAUGGCAGAACAAGCUCUUCGUGAAAGCGAAAGAAAGCUGAAAGUAUCUAUGGACGCCUUCCUGAGGUCUGAGGUAAAGCCGCUGUCUACAAUUUUGCUAGUGUGGCAGACUACUGAAUUGAAGUCAGGUGUCAGGAAGGUGGAGGAAAUGAUGAGUUGAGUAACCUUUUGCGGCGCUUUCAACACGGGCGUUAGUCACACGUUCACACUAGCGCUUCACUGUCUUUCAUACACUGCCUUCAAACCACAGGCAUUUUGGAGUACUGAACCAUAUUCCGUUUUUAUGAAGUCGCGCAAGCACUGCCAUAUUUAAUGCAGUGUUAAACUACCAUCUCACCUCCACAGCGAAGGCAUAUAAACAGGCAAUAAGAUGAUCAUUAGAUCAGUUUAUUGCUUGGGAUUCCACCCAUCCACUUUAAUUAUGUUUUGCACGUCUGUAGUCUACCACCAGGAUGCUUCAAACGUAGAGCAGAAAUAUGAAGAAGUUAAUAUGAGGACUGUUCAUGAAGAUCUCUUUGUCCCUCCAGGUGUCAGUUUAGCUCUUAAGAACAGCGGCCUCUAAUAUGAGCCUCUACUUUUACACACCUAUCUUAAUUUGUAGCCCGAGAGAAUCACUAUCUUGCAGAAAGCGGCAGAAAUAGAAUGCGAAUAUUAUAGAAGAGCAGCAGAGGCAUUCCAGGAGCUGCAGAACACACUAAACGAAAUGUGAGUUUAUAGUUUUUUCUUUUAUUUAGGCUGAGAUUUAAGUGCUCCAGGGUCUGCCAAAAACUUCGGAAGAAAAACGUAGUAUAGCCCAGGCAAGUCGUGAAAAGGCCCAUUGGUCGGCCACUUUCGUAUUUUCACCGUCAAUUCGGGAAGUUUAGUAGUAAAGAGCAUGCCAUUUGUCAGUCCAGUAUGCCCUCUUGAUUCGGGCCCCAACUUUAACAUCAGAACGCCCUGACGCUUGAUGGGCACGCGCGAUUUUGAGCUGAGUUUUGCUUAUGCAGUCGCCAUGGAAACUGGUUCUUAUGCGUCAAAUGUUGAGUCAGUACGUUGGCUGCUAGGUGAGCUUACCGACCUGAGCAGACCCAUAACAGUCAGCACACUUGCUAUUUUCGGUGAACUAGGUAGUCUACACACGGUUUAAUGUUUCUGACUGUCACCUGACGACUCUAGCACAACUCUAACACACACUUGCUGUCAUGUUUGCGGUACUCUUCCAUCGAUUGCUUUUGCAGGCGCUUCUAUUUCAACCUAUCAGGGUUUUUUUUCGAUCUAGUUGGAAGCAUAACUAAAUGGAAAAAUCGACGCUUCCGGUUCUCAGCAAUAGAUAGGUUAUGCAUAUGUUUUCAUGUGCACAAGAGAAUUUUACUGUCUUCUAGCAUCACAUGGAUCUCAAGCUACGUGUGCGGUCCGCUGGGUUGUUUUUCCCGAAUAAUUGGGCAUUAAAUCCUGCUCCUCUCACCACUAGGCCUUGUUUAAAUAGAAAUCAGGUGGGACGCUCUCAGAUAUGCAUUUGUGGAAGGUGUUUUACGGGUUUGUUUAAACUGUUUAUUUCGACCGAGAAGAUAGUUCAUUCAGUCCAAUGUUCUUCGCAUCUGAAGUUAUAACAGUCGGGGCCGUGCUACAUGUCUGGUUCUCUCACUGGCGGUGAUUGCACAAUGGUAGAGGGGCGAUCGCUGAUCGUUUUUACGGAACUCACUCGUCCCGUCGUGCCUUACGGGCUCUCUCUUGAGCCCAGUCAGCAGCCGCACAGCGGCGCAUGGUAUAAGCAGAAUGUUAUUACCGACAAAGACAAGGGAGUCUGGAAUGGCCGUUUAUGGCUAAUCAGCCAUCGUCAGCCAGUCAUACCCAACCCCGGAGUGUGGAACACCUGGGGCUCGAUCCCGCGACCUGUUGGUUAGAAGUCCAACGCCUCUAGCUACUGAGCCUCGGAUGAUUGCACAGUUAUCGGCGAGCAGGAGUUUACAUAUCCGAUCCUCAGAGGGUUUUGUAGAAGUCUGUGCCCUUGGAAUGCCGAAGAGCCUGCUUUUCACUCGAUAGCGGAUACCGACGUUGGAGCUUUCAUCCUAGCAAGUAUGCAUCACAUUACGAAGGGCGUGUCAUAAAUUUCUUCUCGGAUGGAAACCCGACUCUACAAGAGGUCACAUGGGAAUGGCCGUAGUGAAGGGAUAUUUGGUCGUUGGUAUUUUUGGUUUUAACUUGAAUAGCUCUUUUUGCUAAGACAUAAGAGCACGGUCUUCUGGUGAUAUGUUUUCACACGCCGAUGGUCAUCAGCGGCACUAAUCGGUCAGCUCGGGUCCCAGCUCUUCAGCAGGCCAGAAGUGUAGUCGCGUUGUGAGAUCGCAUACGCAGCUCCAAACGGGUUUUUAGUGCUUGAUGUCUCAUCGGCUGCAUUGAUUUACGACACAUUUUAAAACUGGUUUUGAAGUUAAACACAAAUUUUUAUGAAAUUUUACCUAGAACUCUCUUAUCCAGGCAGAGAGUCAGCAGUCGCGAGUCGAGGAGAAGUUGGGAUAUCGCAUGAAAUUGGCAGGGUUUAAACUUGCGCAGCAUUAACCGGGAAUAGUAAUGUUCCAAUUUUGAUGCUUAUCUUCUCAAAGAUCGCAGCAGCAGUACUGAGAGCAAAAUUUGCCCAGCGUACUUUUUAUCUGGUAUUUUAUGAAGGCGGACUACAUCCUAACCACUUCCCUACUUUGGCCCACGUGACCCAUGUGUUGACAGAGCCAAACUCACAUGAUGGACUUCCGAAUUUGAGUCUCGGAAGCGGACUUCGCACAUGAAUCCUUGAUGGCGUUCAGAGUCCAAUUUCGGCUUCACUUUGCAUCGAAAUCAGGAGGAGUGUACGUGGACAGGGCUUAGCUUAGGGUAGCCGCGGUUGCCCUGGCAUGCAGUUAGAAAUUAAGGUUCUCCUGGGCGGAGCAUCUUGACUGCUUUUUCGCUUCUCUUACGAGCUGGAGACACCUCACAACUAGUCUUUUCUUAUCGAUCGUCUUGGAGAGCGCAGACACUCAAAAACUUAAGCUGUGCGCUCACAAACACAAGCACAGUUGUGCGCAACUGGCGACAAGGAGUGGGCGUAUCCACGAUGGUGCGUGGGCUUCCCACGUCUGCGUGCUAACCCGCGCCCGAUGCAGCGAAACCUGCGCAGUGAACUUGAAAGGCACGUCUCUCAUAUGAAGACCCCAUUGACGUCGUAAUUCGAGUUUGCAGCGACAACAUCGGUUAUGACUGGCGCAGUUCUCAGCGAAAGGCAAAACAUCGUAGAGAUGGGGAAAAUGAACUCCUUUCCGUAAGCUUAUGACGACGGAGCAGAACCAGAAAUGUCUUUUUUUCAGAGUUUCCCCUACUCGGAGUCACCACUUCUGACAAUUCAAUAUUCCUCGAUGUUGGAGGUACACCGUCGUUUUACUGUUUAAAUAUUAGUGUUAGUCAAAGUAAUCGCUGCCCAGUUCCUUGGGCAUUAUUUGUGAGGGUCUUACUUUUUAAAGUGCAAAAUAACUGGUUUCUGAACCUCCAGAUGGAAGAGGUUGUGCUAUUAUAAUAAGCACACAUUGUUCAGACUCCUUUAGUUUAUUGCUCAUAACGUAUGAAAGGAUAAACAUAAAGCACCUAACGAUGCAGCUACUGUGACAGAUGUUGUGGUCUUGACCAUUAGGUAGCAUUCCCAUCUGGACUGUAUUUCAACGACUACUAACACCUAAGGAGCUUAAUGAGAUCGAACCAGUUAAAUGAAGCUGUGAACUACUUUUAUACUUUUGGUGACAUUAAGUCCGGAUUCGGAGCUGCUGGUUUGUGUUCUGUCGGUACUUUUAAUUUCAAAGAUCGUGAGUUCUUAAGUUCGUACGCAACAGACAGUUAGUUUACAAAUCAUGAAUGGCUCACUAAACUGACAUCAUGGGCACUGACUACCAGCCCAAACACGUCUUUCUUCUAUUUUGCGCCGCUGCAUGCCGCAGCUGUGAGGGUUCCUCCAGCAUUCCUCGCGGACUUUCCGAUAUAUACACUCCACUUUUUAAUGUUCGGCUUUUUAGUUCACUGAGAAAUUAGCGCGCAAACCGAGAGUCAGUCUGACCGUUGUGAAGGCCGGUGCCCGUCAUGUGCUCCACAGUCUGCUUGCUUGUGAAGUAGAUUAUAGUGAUAGCAGACUUGCACAGCAUCCGCUGUACUCUCUCCUUCCACAUUCACCGGGACCCGGUGGCAAGUCAGAGUCAGGACGGCCAAAGGCGGACUCGGCCGCAUUGGCUGUGCGCCAGUAGACUGUCCGAACCUGUCUGGUGCUGACCUUGAGCACGGUGGCUGACAGAACUACAAAAUGGUAGAGGGGUGCUCACCGAUCGAAUUAUACAUACCCGACGGCAACCGACAGGACAAAGAGCCCAUGGCUCAGUGGGUAGGGUGUUGGAAUUCUAACCAGCAGGUCGUGGGAUCGAUCCCCAAGUGUUGCACAUAUCGGGGUUGAGUAAAGCUGGCGGAGGACGGCCAAAAAGCCAGAAAUGGUCGCUCUAGUUUUUCUCGUCAUUCUGCCUAGAAGUACAAAAUUCCGUCGCACGUAGACAAAAAUGGAGCAAAUCCUUCGGGCAAACCUUUUCAGAGUACAUCAUGUCGCGGCAUAAGAUCGGCGAAACACUUGCCUGGGCCUAUAACCAGUACAUGUGUUGUCAGCAUGCUGAUUCAUUGAACGGGCCACGCGGUAAAUGCGCAAAACCAACACCGGGGCUGGAUUGGAGUCCGGCAGACAUUACUGGGAACCAGCCCCUAUAACAAAUGCCAGUAUUGUGGGUGGGACGACAGGACCAGGUGCAGGUGCACGCCGUGCCAAUUAGGAUCUGGGCCGUCCAUCUUGUUGUAUAAGAUCCUGGUCGGUGACCGUUGGCAUCUAAGGGAUGUGAUGGCACGUCAAGGUGCGGGUUUUCUCCGCGCCAGCCACGUACGCCCUCUCCUGCCGCUGCUCUUCUUGAUCUCAUGAUACCGGGUCCAGGUUAGGGAGAAAAGAGUGCGGUAAAUACUGCGCAAGUAUGCAAUCACUUCAAACUAUCUCACGGGCAAGUUGCCGUCCCUGCCCUCAUCUUGUUGUGGUGCGGACGGUAGACAUCGUCGGCAACGACGACUGGACUGUCCUAUACCACUGACUGCCUAUUUACAGCUCUUGACCAUGACGCGGUUGUUCUGCUGCAACUGGUGAAUUUUGUUUCAAAUAGAUGUGUUGUUGUCCCGCUAAAAUACCCUACCCCUUUAAAGUGCAUAGUACAGCCAAGACGGUUGACGGGACUUUUGUUUUUUAAAAAAUAUUUGCAGAUGGCAUGCAGAUUGUUUGAGGAAAUUAUCUAGUUCAUAAAGAGAAAACCGGACUGUGACGUCAUUUCCGGAAAUUAGGCAACGCUGACAUCGUAGUUAUAUUCCGAAUACGGUUAAUUAAGUUGCCAGUCAGGAAGGAUCCGUUCGGAAGAGUAUGGUGUUCAGAAAAGUUCCAUAUCUGGCACAGUCCUAACUGCAGAGUAGAUGAGUAUUAUGAAGUUAUUUUGAUUAUCUCUUAACUUACGAUUCUUUUGGUAUCAGUUAAGCAGUAAUCUUUCCUCCUGUUACUUUAUCCACAGAAAAGAACGCGCAACCACCAAUUCUGAGGUUACAAACGGGAUGGAAAGUUAUAUGGACUCACCACGACAGAACUUCACUUUCAGCACGGUCGUUGGAGGUAUGAUCUGCUCGUAAUUCAUGUUGUCUUAUUUUUAUGCACAAAGAUUCGGCUAAAUUUCUCGGUAGACAGAAAAUUGACUUUGCAGUACGUGACAUUAGCGGUGGAUUCGACGACAAGUAAGCAGACUCAUGCAUAAGACGAUGCUUCGAAAUAUGUCCGGACAUGGCCAUGUAUAGAGAAAGUUACUAAUUUAGGACAAAAGAAAUUCGCGAUAAUCUGGCCAAAAGAUCAAAAAUGACCUGACUAAACCUGAAGCAUGGAAAUCCUAACAUACUUAACGUUGAUGCAUUUGGGGGUGACGUUCAGCGAGCUGUAUCCAUUUCGGGAGCGAAAUUAUUGUUCAUUAGGCUUUGGGGUGGAAUCUGAAACCUUCUGUAGCAGUUGCACGACGACGCGUGAUUAAUAAUCUAGAGGAAUUACUGUUUUCCGUUUUAAUAAAAGUGUAUUUUACACAUUACAAAUUCAGAAUCAGAUGGCUGACAAAGAUAGGGAGACUCGAAUGACCAUUUCCGGCCUUUAGCCAUCACCAGCAGCCCAGCCAUACUUAACUUCAGGUCUUUUACGGCCCUUCAGGCCCGAAUCGGCCACCUUUUGGUUAGAAAUCCAAUGAUUUAAGCUUUGAACCACGGGCUCAUUGUGCUGUCGGUUCCAUCGUCAUGAAUAACGAUGAUGAGCGCUGACAGAUUGGCUACGAGACCUACUCGUCCCGUUGUCCUUCCUUGUCUUUGUCGACAGUCUUAUUCUGCAUAUAAUACUAGUGCUGUGCGAUUGUCGGCGGGGCUUUAGAUAAAGCCCCAAAAGCAUGGGAUGAUUGAGUCCCGGAACCGAUCAGUGAGGGCCGAUCUACCAAAUAUAUAUGAAGAAGAUAGAAGGCUCGUCGGAAAAAAAUCGAGUUGUACUCGUAUAUAUAUAUGCAGAUUGGAACGUAGGAAUCCCAUGAAAUAUAAGUUUAAGUCAAUUAUGUUCUCUGGGUUAAGACAAAUUGUUAUGUAAAUUUUCGACGCCAGUUCUCGGGUCGUCAGACGCAGACGGUCGGUGUGAACUGAAGUGGACGCGAUGGUACAGAGGCAGAACAUUGCCAGCAAGAUCUUCUCAUUACACUUUAGUUAGUGCUGCUCUUCCUGAGUUUUGCAUAUUUUACAUGCAUAUAGGGUAAUGACAAAGGCGGGAAAUCUGCAGCAGUCUUCUUAGUGAUAUCACCACCUCAGACCAGAGUAGUCUGGAAUCUUGAUCAGAGUCUGGCUGGCUACUGAGCAUUUGAUUAGAAUUCUCUACCGCCUAAGUUGCGGGGUCACUGAAUCAGGGGAUAUCGGCAACAUUCAAAAGUACUUCCGCGUAAAAAACGCUUCUGUUUUUCUGCUACACUUUAAAUGACAGUUUUUACUUCUGAAGUUUGCGAUUGGCUCAGUAAGUGCACUACAAAGCCCUCAAGCCCCUUGAACUGUUUUGCUAUUAUCUGUGCGAAAUAGCGCAGUCAUCCUGUUUUCGCCGUUUUUUUAUCCCCGAACUUUUUUUAGCACCACUUGCGGCGCCCCAUCUCAAUGGCACCCAGGAGCCAUGCUGCAGGGCCUUACAUACCUUUGAGGCUGAACUCGAUGAGGAUCUACCCUUCCAAGAAAACGAUAUAAUAAAAAUAAUUAAAAAGGUUCGUUAUUUUACGAACAUUGAGCUUGUUUUCAUUCUCUGAAAAAUUCGUCCUUUUAGUUUCCAAAUGAAAAGGCCUGUGAACCACUGUGAUUAGGAGAAAAUCCUUGCAUAAAGAUUCUGAUAGAGGGUCUCAAACCGGGGAAAUUGGCAAACAGGCAGGGACUGUUUUAGCGCGAGCCCCUACUAACAGAUAACAUUACACUGACUAGCUAACAAUUAACAACUAAGCCAUUGUUUACACGGCCAUUUGAAUUGCAUUUCCCCUGCCGCAACCGGGUUGUUUUUUCCAUUGGGUUGGAACAAAAAUUCUCACUAGAAUCUGUUCCUGGAAAUUUAACGAUGAAGGGUAUCCUUUGACGACAUUUUCUUCGUUGGUAUUUACAAAAGGUGUACAAGUUAGGAUUUUCACUUUAAACCUUCUUGCGGUGUGCUAGUCAGUUCCUAAUUCAACGCCUUUGAUCGUUCAUAAAAAUCGAAAGUCGUACAAGUUUUCUAGAGCAUAUGCUUUUGUUAAUGCUUUAUUAGCCUUGCGGUUAAACAUGCUUCUAGCUCUGUAAAACACAAAUGACGAGUCCUGUUAAAGUCAAGACCUUUUGGAACAAUUCAUUUUACACCAAAGCGCUAAAAUCAACACAACUGCUGCUGACGAACUACUUGUGGACCCUGACAGGCCGUUGUUACUUAUGAUUUAUGGGCGUUUGAACAGAGUGAAGAAAUAAACUACUUGUUAUAGUCCGGCGGGUUGAUGGAAGAGAAGGCAAGCGUGUUGUGGGACAACCACUUUAUUCUCACAGACUACGAACGCGGCUUCCAACUCGUCAAAAAGACGCCUUAUCUAGUCGGGGCCCUGAGCGAUCUGGAAAAUCCCAGCCUGUGGCUUGCCAGUCGUGGAUUAGCCGUUGCGUGCGCGAGGAUCCCCUCGCGGCCAUCGACAGGGCAGCACAUACGAGCAAAGUCACCACACAUGCUCGGUGCUACAGUGCACGCUGGUUGGCUGCCUAAUUUCACACGCGUUCCACACUGCCAACUUGUCCUGCCGUUCCGCGUGUGGUCAAGCCUACAUUUCAUCUUAUGCUGUGACUCCACACCGCUUACGCUCACUGCAACACUUCUUUCGCGCAAAUCCUAUCAAAUCAAUUAGCUAAAACUGAGCUUUUGGAAAUCUUAUUGGAAAUAAAAGAGGCCAUUGACCUGACGACAUGACGUUUUCAUGCGCGUUUUAACCCCUAUCUUAGACCUGUCUGUUUUGGUCAUUCUAAUGGCUAAACGCGACCUACAUUUACCUCACUUACUUAAGUCUAAAAGAAAUUACGUUUUUGGUCUGUUUUUCAUCAAAUAAUCUCACUUAUCCUGACGCCUUACUGUAAGUUUCAGUGCGCGCUAGUUUGCCCAGACCAGCAACUGUCGAUUUUCCAUCAUCAGCCCUUUUUAUCAUUUUUCUGAUUGCAGAUUGACGAUGAUUGGUACUUCGGCGAACUGAAUGGCCGAACAGGCCACUUUCCCGCCAACUUUGUGGAAGUUAUUGUUCCUCUGCCUUGA